AUGUUUGAUUACAAUGGUGCUGUUGUUUUUUUCAGUCUCUCGUCUCCGAGUCAACUAUCAGGCAUUCAAGAGAUUCCUCAGUCAUCUCCAAAGCAUCCAGUUGAUGCACUCCAGACAGCUCAUUCUAAAGUUAUCACAUCACAUGAGCAAGGCUGUUAUGACAUAAGUGUUAACUACUUGCAGAAAGGCAGCUAUGUGUGUCCUAUUGAGGAAAUAACCGAACAAGAAGAAGGCGACGACAGUGUAGAUGAAACAUAUGAGCCACUAUCAACAUUGACAAUGAGCUUCGAUGAUUUUGAGGGACAAAUGCAAGAUUUACCAGAGGUUUCUGUUGCUGACAUUGUUUUUGACAUGGAGAGUGACUGUGAUGAGCAUGAGGACGGUGGAAUUAGUCUUGAGCAAGAACAACGGGUAUCUUCAAGUACUGAAGAGUUGGCCAUUGUGUACCAUGACAACUUGCUGGCUUUGUGUAAUAUGAUAAAACCAAAAUGCAGGAUGAAAGGCUGUGGAGAAGUUGCUGUCCCUCAACUGAAGAAACAUGGUUCUUCAGCCUCCAUUUAUUGGGCGAGUUAGAGAAUUGCACAAAGACUCAUGAAUGCAAGAGUUGGAGAACACAACCACAGUUGAAUGGUGUCAACAUGGGGGACAUUGCCAUGGAUGCUGCCAUUCUUUUUUCUGGGAGCCAGCAUGCUAAAGUUCA